AUGUCUCCAUGUCCCCGUGUCCCCCAUCCCCAGGAGUGUUUCGCGCCCUUUGUGGGGGGCAGCUUCUUCGAGGAUGGCGGCCACCCCUACUGCGAGCGGCACUUCCACGCCCGCCGGGGCUCCCUGUGCCGAGGUUGCGGGGAACCCAUUGCCGGCCGGUGCGUCACCGCCAUGGCCCAACGGUUCCACCCCGAGCAUUUCGUCUGUGCCUUCUGCCUCCGGCCCCUCUCCAAGGGCACCUUCCAAGAGCAGGAGGGCAAGCCCUACUGCCAACCAUGCUUCCUCCGCCUCUUCGGGGUGCUGGUGGGGGCCCCCCUGGAGCCGGGAGGUGCUGGUGAGACUGGAAGGGUCUAUCGGUGCCAGUUUGGGACUGGGAGAUGCCAGGCUGUCCCCAUCACUGCCCCUCCGGAUGUGACCUCCAUGUCUCUGGGCCUGACCCUGGCAGCCCACGGAUCCCAGGUCCUGGCAUGCGGCCCCACAGCACGGAGGGCCUGUGGGGUGAACGUGGAGCUGCGGGGGCUCUGCUUCCUUCUGCCCGCUGGGAACACCCCGACUGUCCCCCUGCCAGAUUGCCCCGUGAAGGCCUCUGACAUCGUCUUCCUCAUGGACGGUUCAGGCAGCAUCAGUACCUCUGACUUCGAGAGGAUGAAGACCUUUAUCAUCCAGGUCAUGAAGCGGUUUAAGAGCACUGACACCCGCUUUGCCCUCACGCAGUUCUCCAGUACAAUCAACCACCAUUUUGACUUUGCCACCUUUGCCCGGUUGUCCCCGGCGGAGUGGGAGAAGAAGGUCCGCCUCAUCACACAGCAAAGAGGACUCACCUACACAGCCACUGCUAUCCAGGCCGUGGUGAGGGAACUGUUCAACCUGAGGAACGGAGUCCGGGCAGGAGCUCACAGGAUCCUCAUUGUGGUGACAGAUGGGCAGAAGUUUGGGGACAAGCUGGACUACGGACAGGUCAUCGCUGAAGCAGAGCGCGCAGGGAUCAUCCGCUACGCCAUUGGGGUGGGCAGCGCCUUCGUGGAUCCAGAUGCCGUAGAAGAGCUCCGCACCAUCGCCUCCAAACCCAGCGAGGACCACGUCUUCCAGGUGAACAACUUUGACGCCCUGCAGGGCAUCCAGAACCAGCUGCAGGACAAGAUCUUCGCCAUCGAGGGCACCCAGUCUGCCGACAGCAGCUCCUUCCAGUUGGAGAUGGCCCAGGAGGGCUUCAGCGCCCUGCUCACCCCCGAGGGGCCCGUACUGGGAGCGGUGGGCGCCUACGACUGGUCCGGAGGGGUCUUUGUCUACGGCAGAAGCGGGGAGACCACCUUCGUCAACGUGUCCCGAGCGGCCGGGGACAUGAACGACGCCUACUUGGGUACGGGCUGCCUGGGACGGGGAUGGACGGGUCCCCGCCGGGGUCCCGGUGGUGUCCCCUGUGAGGGUCCUGGGGAUGUCGGCGUCCUCGUGAGGGUCCCCGUGUGGGGCUGGGGAGGUUGGGUUCCCAUGAGGGUCUUGUGGGGACAUGGGUCCCUGGCGAGGGUCCCCGUGAGCGUGCCGGGGACAGUGGCGUCCUCGCAGGUGUCCUGGGGAUGUCGGGUCCUUGUGAACGUCCCCAUGAGGGUCCUGGGGACAUCAGUGUCCUCACAAUGUCUCUGGGGACGUUGGUGUCCCCAUGAGGUCCAGGGGACAUCAGCAGCAUCAACCUGCGGAUGUUGGUGCCCCCAUGAUGUCCUGGGGAUGUUGGUCAUGGGUGCCUGCUGGGUGAGGGAGAGGUGCAGGGUGGUGGGGACGUGGUGGGUGCUGGAGAAACCUUGGGUGCUGGAGGCGUCCUGGGUGCUGAAGAUGCCUUGGGUGGUGGAGGCAUCUUGGGUGCUGGAGAUGCUCUGGGUGCUGGAGAUGUUCUGGAUGCUGAAGAUGCUUUGGGUGGUGGAGGCAUCUUGGGUGGUGGAGGCAUCUUGGGUGGUGGAGGUGUGCUGGGUGAUGGACGCAUCUUGGGUGGUGGAGAUGUCCUGGGUGGUGGAGGCAUCUUGGGUGGUGGAGAUGUCCUGGGCGCUGGUCACACCCUGCGUGCUGAAGGCGUCUUGGGUGCUGGAGGGGUCUUGGGUGAUGAAGACAUCUUGCGUGCUGGAGCAGCUCCAGCGCAUCUCAGGUGCCCGGUUCUCCAGCAGGCCACGCUAUUUUGGCCAGGCCAUCAGCGGUGGCCAGGACCUGACAGGGGACAGGCUGCCGGACGUGGCCGUGGGCGCCCAGGGACAGGUUCUGCUGCUCAGGUCUCAGCCGCUGCUCAGGAUCCGCGUAACGGUGACUUUCCAGCCCGAAGAGAUACCAGCGGCCGCUUUUGACUGUCAGGAGGAGGAAGUGCUCAAGGGAGAAGUGGCCAAGGCUAAGAUCUGCUUCCUCAGCACCAAGAAAACCCCUGACAACUUUGGCAGCCAGCUUUCCACCACCCUCCGGUACCAGGCGGCCCUGGACCCCAGCCGGGCGAUGGUCCGGGCCGUCUUUGCCGGCGGCGCCGCCGUCCGCAACGGGACCCUCCAACUGGGCGUCGGGCAGAGGUGCGAGACCUUCGGCAUCGCCUUCACGGGGUGCCCACAGGACACGCUGACCCCCCUGGUGCUGCGCCUCACCUACGAUGCCACGGGAGACCCCAUCGGGGUGGCCGGGGGGCUGCGGCCAGCCUUGAGCGAGGACUCGGUGAUGGUGGCCGUGGGCACGCUGCCCUUCGAGAAGGACUGCGGUGAUGACAACGUCUGCGUCGACGACCUCCAGAUCUCCUUCGACUUCUCUCGGCUGGAGACCGUUGUGGUGGGGGUGACCGACGUGGUGAACGUCACCGUCACCCUCCGCAACCGCGGGGAGGACUCGUACGGGACCACCGUCCAGCUGCAUCACGCCGGGGCCCUCUCCUACCGCAAGGCUGUGGUGCUCCAG